AUGAAAUACUCUUCUUCCACGCUAGUAAUUGCAACGCUGCUAUCUGCCAGCACCAUGACAAAUGCCUUCCUAUCCCCUUCCUCUCUACCGAACAAGAACCACAAGCCAGCACAAGUGGCCACAGCACCACCCACAUCAUCCUCCACGGUUCUCUUUUUGGAAGAUUGGGUGGCCGACAUGAUUGACGGUGAAUUGGAUCGUGAAUCUCACAAGAAGGAAUACGAAAACGAAUGGAUGAAAAAGAAUCGUGCCGCUGUCCUCUCUCGAAUGGAAUCCGACUUUGUGGCCGUGCUAGAAAAUGAUGGCGACGAAUUGCGCCAAGAACGCAAGGAUCGACGCAUGGCCGAGAAGAAUCCAGCACAGUAUUGUGCGGAUCGAUGCAUUGCCACUGGACAUUGUGAUGUUUAUGAAGACAUCUUCGAUAUGUCUCCUGAACAAGUUAUUGAGUUCUGCACUGACUGUGUUCUAAGCGAAGGCGAGGAACCCUGCGAUGUUCCAGAGGGAUUCUAUGACAAGAUUAUGCCAUAA